UGUGGUUCCGAUUUCAAAAUUAUUUUUCAAAGACAUGUCAUGCAUGGUUUCAUAUCACAUAUGGUUUAAACAUAAAUUGUAUAACUAUUUUCAGUAAAAAGAAAUUAAUUUACGAGCUUUUAAAAGUGUUUUGCACAGGAAAUAGAAGAGAUUUUCGCUUCCUGUCAAAACAAUCAAAAUCAUGAAAAUGGCGGACAGUGUUAAUCUUCAAUGAAGGUCAACAUGUAAACUUCUGUUCAAUUGUGAAUCCGAUUUAUACAAAUUAAAAGCACAGCAUCUCUUGUGCUUUGAACAUUUUGUUUUUAUUAUUAUUUAACGGAAGAUUUCAGAUUGAAAUGGAUAACAGUUUUCAAAUGAACCGACUGAAAAUGGCAGAAGGAGGCAUGGAUCGAGCCACAUCACAGACUGAAAGCGUUCCAGGACACAGCAGCCUGUACAGUCGUCACUCUCAGAAUCAUGUCGAAAAUAUGUCCAUGGAAAUAUGUACUACAAUGACCCGGCUGGGAUACGGCGAGGAGAUGAGAAGAUGGCGGGUUGAGAAAUACAGGGAGUUUGAUAGGCUGGCAGAUACACGAUCAAAAAGUGAUGCCAUUCUUAUUACAGCAGGAAGCAAGGCAGAGGGACUGACCUGCCAUUUAGAAAGCGACAAGGACAUGUUGCACGUGUUGAAGGGUGUCCUCUGUGUGGAAGCUGGUAUCAAUCUUCAUACCAUACAAAACGACCUUGAUGUGUUUAGGAUGGAUACACGCGUAUAUCCAGGACACUGCAGACUGUUACAAGAGAGACCAGCGCAUAUACGGUUUGAACAAAUUCAUAAUUCCCUGUGUGAUAAUGGAUAUGGAGCCGUUCUACUUAGUAGUAGUUUAUUCCUAGACGAAUUUUCGGCAUUAUUUACACAAUCAGCAGAAAUAGUUGCACAUGAGAGAGCGGGGCCGUCGACUCCUGCAACAAUUUACGGUAUACUUCAUGUUGACAGAGUAAUCGCACUACGUUGUCACUGUCCCACCAUCCUCCAAAGAUGGGCUGCCAGACCCCGUCAUUGGCCUUCACCAUUGAUAGUUCAGAAAGUCGUAUCAUUAGGAGCCUACCUAACCCCAGUCGGGUUUAAGGGAAGUAAUUACAAGCACAUGGAAUGGAGGAUGUGUUUUAACACUGGUGAGACAGAACUUGUAAACAAUCUUAAUAGCACACAAACGCAAGUUUAUGUUAUGCUUAAAAUGAUUGUUAAAGAUGUUCUUAAGCCUUGUAAGAAAGAAGUUACAUCAUACGUGAUUAAAAAUAUAGUACUUUGGCAAGCUGAGAAUAACCCGCAGCAUAACUUUUAUCAACGCAGUUUUUUAUACUGGCUUCAUGACGGACUGAGAGCCCUUAAGACUGCUAUUGUCACACAACAACUGUCAUACUACAUGAUUCCGGAAAGAAAUUUAAUGGCAGCAAGUGGUUUGCAGGAUAAGCAGCAACGUAAAUGGGUAGCAGAUAUAACGGACAUGAUGGACGAAGGUCCGAGAGUUAUACUAAGAUUACAGAGGAUACGACAGGCCGUCAUCGCGUCCCCAGAGCCGAUGUUGUGGUUCAGCAAAAUAAGGAUGGAGCUUGAGAUGCUGGAGCGGGAGAAGUACAUCAGAGCCGUACAGUGUAGCGAUGAGCAUGAUGCUAUCGAGCAGGAGAUAAGGAGACGUCAGGUGGAGAUAAUGAGGGAUGUGGCACAACGGAUGCUCAUAGACGGAAGUGCUGUUAAUGAUCUGAAUGACAUCUUCUUCAGAAUUUUAAUGUAGUACUGCAUUAAAGUGUAAGAAGUUAAUGGAGCCGAAGGAACUAAUAAGAGACAUGUAAUACAAAGAUUGUUUUGUUGCCAGAUUUCAAGAAGUGAUUGUAUUUGCUUUUUUCAUAAUGUUUCACUUCUUUAUAUUGUACUUGAUAUUUUGUCAUUAUUAUCAUGAAUUUGCGAAUAUUUGCAGGUUUGCAUAUAUGAUACAAGUUUUACAUCAACAAAAUCGGAUUAUGUGGAAAUCAUUAGCCGUACGCCACUUAAUGAAACCAUGUCACUGUUUUACCUGCAAUGAAAAAAACAGACAAUAUGCUCUAAUAAACCAAUAAAGUCUGGUCGCUCAAUGACGUAAUCAUUUCGAAAUUAAUUUCGAAAAAAAAACACACAACGAAAGGGGAUUCCCCAUGAUGUGAUGAUAUAACUAUAUUAAACUCGCGACGAAUACCUUGUAUACAAGUCAGCUUAUAAAGUAUUCUUAGUUUCAAAGGGGCAUAUCAACGAUUUAUAGGAUAAUGCAUUUAUGAAUAUUAAUAUCUUUACUGAAAUAACAUAUUAUUUCCUCUAUAGGCUACAUGCUUCUGGAUGUAAUUGCUUAUUAAUGUCCGUAUUUAAAUGCAUACAAUUUAUAUGACUGAUGUAUCGUUAAUAUAUGUAACGUUGGAUCGGCAUUUGAAAAAUGUCGUUUUAGUUUUAGGCACUCGAAAUAAACAUUUUAAACUUUGAUUGUCAGACUAUAAUUCGUAAACGUAGUUGCAAAGCAUGUUAUAUGUAUGUAUUGCAUGUUUAUCGAUUUCAUAUUAAGUCGUUUUAUUUAAAAAUAUUUUCAAUUUAUGUUCAUUAUAAUUUCACUCUCAUUGAUUGUGUAUACACAUGUUGAUAAAGUUGUGCUAAGCACUAUUGUAUAGUAAAUAUAUUGUUUAUUAUCAAACUUUUAGAAAGCGCAGAAAUUCAGUAAUACAAUCUUAAAUGAUGUUGUUUGCACGAAGAAUAACUCGAAUUCAAUGCACCUUUCAAUAUAAUUUGAGUUGCGCAUACUGGCAGAAAAAAGCGUGAUUUUGUCUUAUUGAAGUCUUAAUCCUAAGUGCUAAGUGUUGUAUUUAAAACUUAAAUUUUAUAGAUAUACUGUACAAUAGUGAAGACACAGUCAAGCAACACAGUAAUCCAAAUGGUCAACAAUUGAACAUACCUAGAACAAAUUAUCGGUGAAAUACGCAACGUCAUUCGUUGUAAGAUCAUUAAUGACUGACUUGGACACGAGGUUAAAAUAAUGUUGAUUUCAAACAUUUUUGUAUUCAACUUGACUUGCUAUUAUAAUUUGUUUAUGUUUCAUGGACGUAAUUAUGAAUUUAGUGUGAGUAAAUUUAUUUAAUAUUAUGUAUUAUUAAGAUUUAAUUUUAAUUUUAAAGUUCCUUUAAUCUUCAUAGGAGGAGAAAAUCCACGUGACCAUUUAUUGUCUCUGGCCAUUCACAAUACUUCCUGCUUUCAUCAAUUAAAUGUCUAAUUCAGCAUUAUACUCAUGCAUACCAAUCAUGUGUUACGUGCAGACAAACACUAAAAGCCGUUAACGGAAUAUCCUUAACUGGUGUUACAUGUCUUUGUAUAAGCAUGACAGUAUGUAUUUUUAAGGCAUUAUAUGUAUUAAACAGUUCAAGAGCUAAUUGUAUUAUUGAACAAUGUAUAUGUCUUCUUUGAAUAAAAUACACAAAACCA